AUGCCUGCGACGUUUGCCGAAGUCGUCGCGUCAAGUGCCGGUUUACAGCUGGGGAUGUUUGUGAGGGAUGCAGGUUCCUGGGAGUCGUUUGCACCUCUGACCGGCCGCGGAGGAAGAGGGGUCCUCCAAACCGUCACGCUCAACCACCCCGAGCUUUCGUCAGGCGACAUCCUCCACCUCCUCGCACCCUCCUCCCUGAUCCGCGCCGUUUUGAACGACUGGUUCACCCACAUCCAUCCUCUUGCCCCGGUCCUUCAUCGUCGAGAUUUCCUCACGCGCUUCGGCGAAAACACCGCUGAUCCCAUCUUCACCGGUCUCGUCGUCAGCAUCCUCGCAGCAACAACCGCAACGUUACGCCGGAAGUCCUUUGCCGAAUACCACCCCAUAACGCCAGGCCGAUGUAUCGGCAUCAUCCAAAGCCAUGGCCUCCUUCCAGCGGACGGUCCUUACAGCCUUGACUGGUGCAUCGCGAAGUACAACCUUGCUACUGCGUCAAUGGCGCAAAGAGGGAUGAGUGAUCCGUUUGUCCACCGGAUGGUUGGCGAGGCGGUCACUGGAACAGGCUAUCUACUUGCGCACAAUUUAGCGCAAAUGGGCGUAAUGCAGGGAGAGCUGUUAAAGAGGUUGUGGUGCUUGCUUGAGGUGACUCUGAUGUGCGGCUCAUCCAAAUCCCGAAACACUGACAUGAUCGGUCAACCCCUCCUUGGUCGUCUGGUGCUCUCAAGCAACUCAUCAUACCUUCCGCGGCCGUACAGUGACGAAGACCUCGCCGUUAGUCCUUCCACCGCGCUCCCCUCCUCCACCUCGCCCUCUCCCAGCGACAAAGUCACCUAUGUCCCUGGUCUAACGCAUCUCCUCUCAAUCUUUCGAACAUGGGACACCUGUCAAACAGCGCGCUCUUAUCGAACUCCAUCUCAAGUGCUCUCCACAGCCCUCGCCGAUAUCCAAAACACGCUCGAUACCCUCCCUCCUCCUCUCCGAUGGCGCGGCGGCCUCUCACGUCCGGCGGGCGCAACAGCCGGACACGAUGUACAAAUUGCAAAUAUCUUUAUUACCAGCCUAUAUGUUCGUUCCAACCUUUUACAGGAGUUCGGCCAUCCCCUGGGCUCAAAGGCAGAUUCCAUCGUCGACCAAGAAGCAGAGACGCAAGCGCGAUCCGAACACCAGAGCAUCGUGAGCGACCUCCUCGAAGUUCUCUGUCACCUUCCGCGAGAAACCCUAGAAGCGAACGGAUACAGCUUAAUCCCAAAGAUUAGAGAUAUCGGGGGUGCCUAUCUGGAUGUUCUCAGCGUCCAUGCGAACGGGCAGGGAGAAAUCGUGGUUAUUGAGGAUGAGGCAAAAGCCAAGCUGGAGGCCUUGCUAUUGCAACUUGGUAUCUUGGACUUCAGGACGUCUUAA